AUGAGAGUGCUUCAGAUCAAUCUCAAUCACUGCGAAGCCGCACACGGCCUAUUGCGGCAAACGGUGCGGGACUUGAGAGUUGACUUGGUGUGCAUAUUGGAGCCCUACCACCAGUUGGAUUCUGACUGCUGGGCUACCGACUCCUGUCAGAGAGCGGCUUUCUGGAACUGUGGAGGUAGACCUAUCGAGACCUCUAACAAGGACAUGGAGUGGGGUUUCGUCCGGGCCAUGGUAGCUGGGAUCCACGUCUACAGCUGCUAUGCCCCGCCGAGGCGCACUGCUGAGGAGUUGACGGUCUUCCUCGAUCGACUGACCAAUGACGCGAGGCAGCACUCCCCCGUAGCCAUUGCGGGUAACUUCAACGCCUGGACGGUCGAUUGGGGAAGUAGGGUGACGAACACUAGACGACAAGCGCUACUGGAAGCCAUGGUACACAUAGAUCUUGUGCUGCUAAACAGUGGGGAGGAGCCCACGUAUAUGAGGGGAAGCGCCAGAUCCAUUGUGGAUCUCACCUUCGCAAACACCAUUGGCUGGAAGGCAAGCGCCUUCGACCACAGCACCUUUGCAGUGGCACUGGAUGGAGGGCCACUCAAUGGCAGCGACGCGACUGAGAAGGCCGUGGACAUCAUGGAGAGGAUACGGCGAGCCUGUGACGCCACCAUGCUCAGAAAAGGCCCGAAUCGCCGAAGGCCACCGGUAUACUGGUGGUCUGAAGAAAUCGCGGCAUUACGGAAGGAGUGCAAUGCGGCCAGAAGGCGAGCGCAACGCACUCGAAAGACGCAAAACUGGACCACCCUGGAUGGCAAGUACAGGGAGAUUCGUCGCAAGUUCGCCAAGGCGAUUACGCGGGGUAAAGCCAGCGCGUGGAAAGAGCUCACGGCUCAAGUCGAGGAUGACCGUUGGGGAAGGCCAUACACGGUGGUCAUUGCGCGACUCAAAUAUCAAACUUUGCCACCGCCUACGUGCUCGAUCCUGCUUAACAAGAUUGUUCGUGAACUUUUCCCCAGCCAACCCGACUUUCGGCGAAUCGACGGACAGAACGAGCAGCACACCAUUCCGUGCAUCACAAUGGAGGAGCUAUUGGAAGCGGAAACCCGAGUCGGUUGCUCCAAAGCCGUCGACCUGGACGGUUUUCCAAAUGCGGCCAUCAAAGCAACCAUUAAGACCUUACCGGACCUCUUCCUAGAUGUCUGCAACCGCUGUCUCAUGGAGGGCACGUUCCCCAGAGCGUAG